AUGAGUAACCAAUUGUCCACGGGAACAAACAACGCCAGUGCUGAACUUUCAACUCCUCAGCAUGCACCAUUCACCACAACUCCCGAUGUUUUCCUCCGUCACCCGAUGACCAUUCGUUCGUUCAUUCUGCACGACGUCCUUCUGGACAAACAAUCGAAACAAUCGUUUUUCGAGCUGUCAGGAAUAUUCGGAAGCAGCAGACUGAGCUACUCAGACUUCAUGUACUGGUACAAGAAAUUUUCGCAAACUUUGGAAUGGAAGACGACAGAAGACCAGAGUUUUUCCACCCUGCCGGUCCACAUCAUUGAGAGAAUUGUGAGAAAUUAG